AUGUGGGCCUUGGGCUCUGGCCUCGGGGCAUAUAAGGGGGGCCCAUGGCAACAGCCCCCUCAUAUCACUCAGAGGUCUCCUUUCUCUCACCCCAUUCACACCAUGGAUGUCUUCUCGUCGUCCCAGGUCUACUACGACAGAGCGUGCACCUCCUCUCCAGACAGCCUUGAGUUUGGCCCCAGCGGGGAGCUCACCGGCUCCGAGGAGGAUGAGCAUGUCAGGGUUCCAGGAGCCCCUCACCAGCCCGGACACUGCCUCCAAUGGGCCUGCAAGGCCUGCAAACGCAAGUCCAGCACGGUGGACCGCAGGCGGGCCGCCACCAUGCGGGAGCGCCGGCGGCUGAAGAAGGUCAACCAUGCAUUCGAAGCUCUACGGCGCUGCACCUCCGCCAACCCCAGCCAGCGCCUUCCCAAGGUGGAGAUCCUGCGCAACGCCAUCCAGUACAUCGAGAGUCUGCAGGAACUGCUGCGGGAGCAGGUGGAAAACUACUACGCCCUGCCCGGGGAGAGUGGCUCCGAGCCGGGGAGCCCAUCGUCCAGCUGCUCAGACAGCAUGGCUGACUGCAACAGUCCCGUGUGGCCACAGUUGAGUGCAAACUACAACAACUAUUGUUAUGCGAAGAAUGAGCGCUCUACUGAGAAGGAGGCUGGAGCCAGCAGCCUGGAGUGUCUCUCCAGCAUCGUGGACCGUCUGUCCUCCACGGAGGCCGGCGGCCCCGGUGCCCUCAGGGACAUGGCCGCUUUCUCCCCCUGCAGCUCGGACUCCCAGCCCUGCACGCCGGAGAGCCCCGGCUCCAGACCCGUCUACCACGUCCUGUGA